UGCUCUCCGGUGCUGGGCUGUCAGAGAUCGCCAUGUCUCGACCCGGGGAGGACCUGUGCGGGACCCUGUCUUACCGACCCGAGCCAACGCGGAGCCCCCGACUCAGCCUCUACCACCUGAAGCUCACGGACUCUGCCCUCCGCUGUCUGCGGGACUUCCAGAGAGGACAGGGUUCUGGGUCGUCAUUGUCUCAGCCUUUGAUCAGCUUUCAAGGUAACCAAGGGUACAUUAAGAUUCCGUCUCCUAUCCCUGGCUCCAACGACAGAGUUCGAAUCUUUUCCUUCUACCUCUCCAGGGAGAGCAAAGAGAAACCUCAGUCAAGCUUUGAGUGCAUUCGGCAAGGCACCUCUUGGUCAGGAGAGAAGCAACUAAGCUGCAUUGGAAGCAUACAAGACAAGAUCACCAUCUGUGCCACUGAGGAGUCCUAUCAGUUAACCCGUGACCGAAUGUCCCAAGUUGAGAAAGAAACAUGGAGUUGGACAGCCAUCGAGAUCAAGCCUGGAGCUUCAUAUCGAAGUAAAUGCGUGAAGAUUCCAAGUAAGAACAGCGUGGAGGUUGGUAAAGAAGAUUCCCCUAGCAGACGCCGUCCUGCUGUGUUUUUAACACCGGCCGCCAAGAAAUGUAAUCGAGUUUAUGGUGAACACAGACCCCUCCAAGAGUGGCUGAUACAUCUUCUGGCCUUGAAACCUCACCGGAAACAGGACCUCAUCCUACGACUGGAAAAAGGCAAUGCGCUGCCUAGAGAUCAUACAGAAUUGAUGUCUAUGUUGCAUAUGGUAGGACGUUUGAGUUCGAAAGAUGGCUGCUACAGCCUGAGAGAAGAACUCUACUGCCAGGUACAGAAGGAGUGGACGGGUUACACCCUGGAGGAGAAGCAGCGUGUGGCGGACAUUCUUUCCAGAAAGCGGCCAAAUUCCUCAUCGCGGAACUGUCUGACGACAAAUGCUUCCGCUCCGCCAAACAGAGUCAGGCCUCCCGAGACGAAAAGACCAGCACCCGAGGAGGCCACGGAAGAUGACUGCCGCAAAAGAAUGAGAGGAUCGCAUUCGGAAAGCCAACAAACAACUGAGAAAUACUCAGAUUCUCAACAUUCCAACAUGGACUGUAGUCAACCUACCAUUGACGCUAAAGGUCCCUGCUCUGUGCCUGGAAAUAACAGUAUUUUUCUACCGCAAAGUCACAAAAAAAACCAGAGCACCCACAGAUCGUUACGGAAGAACCAACAAAGGGAAAUGCAACACGGUACAAAGCCUGGUAACGUGGCAAAGACUGACAAGGCAGAGCUUCGAGAAGCCAGGUCUCAAGCGCGCAAAGAGAAAGACUCCAGUGAAGAAGAAGAGGAGGAGGAGGAUGAUUGGGAGGAAGAAGCUCUUUUGUUAGAGAGAUGUCUUUGCCGUCCCGAAGAAAAGGAGCAGUGUGUGGAAACAUCCCUGCCAUCGGAAGAGAUUCCAGAUUAUUUGAAGAAGUACAAUGCAAUUACAUCCGAGGAUCAGCGGAAACUGUAUGAAGAAGACUUUGAAUCUGAUUACACCGAAUACUUGCAGCUCCACUCCAAGAUUGGGAAAGUGCUGGAAAGAUUUGAUUACUUAGGAUCCAAAAUGAAGAAGCUUCAGCCGGGAACUGUAGAGCAUAAGAUGAUUGAAAAGAAGAUUCUUAAUGACUAUAAGAAGUUUAAAAAGACCUAUCCUGGAUACAGUGACGACAAAAUAAGGUGUGAAUACUUACACCACAAACUGUCACACAUCAAGCAAAUGAUCCUGGAAUAUGAAAAAAACAUGCCUACUUAGCGGCACACCUCAGGGGAAGAAGGCAUUUAAGAACAUAACAGGAGAUAACACCAUACGCCCUGUGAAACCGCACUAGGUGCCAUCAGCUACAUCACGGAGGAGAUGCCUGGAAUCAGAACACAAUUACUGCCUUACUGUAUAAAAUGUAUAUAGAUAUGUUGCGUGUACAGAGCAGGAAGAACGGAACCUCAUUGUGACUCUCCCCGUAGUUGAAGGAGACGAUCCAGAGAGCGACAGACUGGGACAGAUGUGAAAACAAUGUUAUUGUCACAACGUGGCUCAAUCAUCCUCUACCAUUCAAAAGUUUGGUGUCAAUGC